GAUUUUUUCCACAUGUUAAUAUAUUACGUCUGCGGCCAGCAGUUGUUUUAUAGUAGUUACAGUUUCUUUAUGAGAUCUUAAAUUGAGGAUUUUGCUGUUUAUCACUGGCGAUGGACGCUAGCUCAGCAUCCAGAUCUCUGCACCCCUACUGGCCCAGGGAUCUUGUGAUCCCUUCCUAUGUGGCCAAUGAUCGAUCCAUGGCAGAGAUCCUGGCGUUUCUCUUUUCCGUGUCCGGAGUCUUUCUUCUAGUGACUUGGAUGAUCACUGGUCGGCUGGGGGCAUGGAGACGUCUGGCUGUGUGCUGGUUUGCUGUUUGUGGUUUCAUCCACAGUGUCAUUGAGGGCUGGUUCUCACUCUACCAUGAUGUCAUUCCGGGAGACCAGAGCUUUCUGUCACAAUUGUGGAAAGAGUACUCCAAAGGCGACAGUCGAUAUGUAAUAGGUGAUAAUUUCACAAUUUGUAUGGAGACUGUGACUGCAUGGCUAUGGGGACCGUUCAGCUUUUGGGCCGUGUUUGCCUUCUUAACUAACAAGCCCUACAGAUACGUCUUGCAGCUCGUACUUUCACUUGGUCAGCUGUACGGAGCGGUGCUGUAUUUCUUCAUAGAGCACAGAGAAGGCUACUCUCACAGCGAGCUCGGACACCCCGUCUACUUCUGGUUCUACUUUGUGUUUCUGAACUUUUUGUGGAUAAUUAUACCGCUGGCGCUCAUCGUGGACGCAUGGAGACAAGUGACAGCGGCUCAGAGACAUACAGAUGGGAUUAAAAAGCAGAAGAAACAUUAGGAGGACAUGUGAUUAAAGGACACACUGAUGCUAUACAAGA